ACGAGCUCAACGGUAACCUGCGGCGGGACUCGGCUGCAGCGGCGGCAAUGGCGGUGGCCGUGUGCGCCAUGGACUCGGACCCCAGGGGGUACGAGCUCAACGGUAACCUGCUGCGGAACUCACCCAACGCCCAAACGGGCGCCCUGCCGAAAAGGCCCCUCAACUUGAACAGUUACGCUAACAAGAAGAGCGCAGCAGAGAGCAUGCUGGACGUCGCCCUGCUGAUGGCCAACGCCUCGCAGCUGAAGGCCAUCAUCAACGAGGGCCCUGAUUUCCAGUCCUUUGUCCCCCUGGUGGUCCUUAUCUCCAUCUCCCUCGUGCUGCAGAUCAGCGUGGGCGUGCUGCUCAUCUUCCUUGUCAAGGCCGACCUCAACAACCCAGCCAAGCACGCCAAGAUGAACUUCCUCAACGACCUGACCACUAGCCUUGUCUUCAUCAUCGUCGUGGUCAACAUCUUCAUCACUGCCUUUGGCUUAGCACCUGUAGUGGACCUGGCGCCCGGGCCGUAGGUCCUAGAUGCCCUGGAUUGUGCCUGGUCACAGCCACACAGACCCCAGAAACUGCCUCAGCCUUGGGGCCCACCUGCCUCUGUGCUGCACUUCCUGAAAAUGCCAGCGUCAAGACUAGACUGGAGAACAGUCGGACCAGUGUGAGUCCUGCUCCAUCCUUGGCUCCUCCUCCCCCUGAAGCAGGGGCAGCAAGGCCCAGAGGCAGAGCUAGAGAUCCCCAAGCAGGGCCAUGGCCAACAUAAGACAUGCUGCAGGCCUGAGGAGGGGCAGUUAGGGACCAGGGCCAGCCUUAGUCUUGAGAUAUUUCUAGAAGGACAGGAGAUGCCCCUCCUCAACCAAUGCACCCGCUGAGGGACCCCUGGCCCCUGCCUUUCCUGACCUGGUACAAUGAACCACCAGCUAAUGUGGCACCGCUGUGGCCGUGGACCAUGCACACACCUUCCACCAGCCCCGCUUUUCUAAGCACAAAUGACCAAUAAAACGAAUGCAUCUCC